GGGACCCUGCUUGGGAGGCGUGCUGGCUUCUGGCAGCUGUAGAGGCGGUGGCCACCGAGGGCUGUGGGAGGAGCCGCGUGGUUCCGGCUGCCGAGGCGAGGCGACCCUUAGGUCCGCGCCGCGGGCGGGGAGGACAGGUAGGGGAGCGGACAGCCGCGGCUCUGGGGGAGGCUCAGGCAGCGGAGUGCCCCGCCGCGCCCCCCGCACCCUCGGCCUCUGGCGUUGAAGCGGGGGAGUAAGGAGAUGCCUACCCAGAGGGACAGCACUACCAUGUCUCACUCGAUCGCAAGCGGCGGCUUCGGGGACCAUUCUCACCAGGUUCGGGUGAAAGCCUACUACCGCGGGGAUAUCAUGAUAACACAUUUUGAACCAUCCAUCUCCUUUGAGGGCCUUUGCAGUGAGGUUCGAGACAUGUGUUCUUUUGACAAUGAACAGCUUUUCACCAUGAAGUGGAUCGAUGAGGAAGGAGACCCGUGUACUGUGUCAUCUCAGUUGGAGUUAGAAGAAGCCUUUAGGCUGUAUGAGCUAAAUAAGGAUUCUGAACUCCUGAUUCAUGUAUUUCCUUGUGUACCAGAGCGUCCUGGAAUGCCCUGUCCAGGAGAAGAUAAAUCCAUCUACCGCCGAGGUGCACGCCGCUGGAGGAAGCUUUAUUGUGCAAAUGGCCACACUUUUCAAGCCAAGCGUUUCAACAGGCGUGCCCACUGUGCCAUCUGUACCGACCGAAUAUGGGGACUUGGACGCCAGGGAUAUAAGUGCAUCAACUGCAAACUCCUGGUUCACAAGAAGUGCCACAAACUUGUCGCAAUUGAAUGUGGGCGCCAUUCUUUGCCACCAGAACCAAUGAUGCCAAUGGAUCAGUCGUCCAUGCACUCAGAUCACGCCCAGACAGUAAUUCCAUAUAAUCCUUCAAGUCAUGAGAGUUUGGACCAAGUUGGUGAAGAAAAGGAGGCAAUGAACACCAGGGAAAGUGGCAAAGCUUCAUCCAGUCUAGGUCUUCAGGAUUUUGAUUUGCUCCGGGUAAUAGGAAGAGGGAGUUAUGCCAAAGUACUGUUGGUGCGAUUAAAAAAAACAGAUCGUAUUUAUGCAAUGAAAGUUGUGAAGAAAGAGCUUGUCAAUGAUGAUGAGGAUAUUGAUUGGGUACAGACAGAGAAGCAUGUUUUUGAGCAGGCAUCCAAUCAUCCCUUUCUCGUUGGGCUGCAUUCUUGCUUUCAGACAGAAAGCAGAUUGUUCUUUGUCAUAGAGUAUGUAAACGGAGGAGAUCUAAUGUUUCACAUGCAGCGACAAAGAAAACUGCCUGAAGAGCAUGCCAGGUUUUACUCUGCAGAAAUCAGUCUAGCAUUAAAUUAUCUUCAUGAACGAGGGAUAAUUUAUAGAGAUUUGAAAUUGGACAAUGUAUUGCUGGACUCAGAAGGACACAUUAAACUCACCGACUAUGGCAUGUGUAAGGAAGGAUUACGGCCAGGAGAUACAACCAGCACUUUCUGUGGUACUCCCAAUUACAUUGCUCCUGAAAUUUUAAGAGGAGAAGAUUAUGGUUUCAGUGUUGACUGGUGGGCUCUUGGAGUCCUGAUGUUUGAGAUGAUGGCAGGAAGGUCUCCAUUUGACAUUGUCGGGAGCUCUGAUAACCCUGAUCAGAACACGGAGGAUUAUCUCUUCCAAGUUAUUUUGGAAAAACAAAUUCGCAUACCACGUUCUCUGUCUGUAAAAGCAGCAAGUGUCCUGAAGAAUUUUCUCAACAAGGACCCAAAGGAACGAUUGGGUUGUCAUCCUCAAACAGGAUUUGCUGAUAUUCAGGGACACCCAUUCUUCCGCAAUGUCGAUUGGGAUAUGAUGGAGCAAAAGCAAGUGGUACCUCCCUUUAAACCAAAUAUUUCUGGGGAAUUUGGUUUGGACAACUUUGAUUCUCAGUUUACUAAUGAACCUGUCCAGCUCACUCCAGAUGACGAUGAUAUUGUGAGGAAGAUCGAUCAGUCCGAAUUUGAGGGUUUUGAGUACAUCAAUCCUCUUCUGAUGUCUGCGGAGGAGUGCGUCUGAUCCUCACUUCUCAGCUGUGCAUUUUGCUUUUGUUGCUGUUCAGUGCAUGGACGACUCAUUACUGGCUUGGAUAUAAUGAACCAUUUGAUAUUUGCCACCUACAAAAAAAGCACUCAAUACCUUGUAUUGUUGACUAUAAGAGUCAGUUAAUUACAUCCAAGUUUAACUAUGAAAAGAAAUUGAGACUAGUUUCCAGACAAUCAUGUCAGAAUACUGGUAACCCAGCAGUCUACUGAUGAUAAACAAAGCUGUCUUUUUCGUUUGACGGAACUACUUACCACUGCUUUUAAAGAGUGUUGCAUUACGGCACAUGCAGCAGGCAUUACUACAUCAUAAGCCUCCCAUGAUUUUUGUCAUUCUUCCCUAAGUCAUUUAAGUAUUUAAUUUUGGAGUAAAAGAAUAAAUCAAAAUAUAGCAACUUAUUAUAUUACCUGUUAGUUUCCGAAUUCUUUUUGUUUAAAAAUUCAACUGUAAAUUUUAUAUUGCCUUGGAUAAUUACUCAUUUUUAAGGCAACAUUAUUAAAUUGAUUGGUAAUAAAAGGUAUUGCUUGCUUAGACUUGGGGAAUACAGAUGCUUCUUGGGGAAAAAAGAUAGGUACAUUUUAUUAAGAAUCAGAUUCUAAAUCAUUAGCUAUUUUUGAAAAGCUGAUGCAAAUGAUUUCUUUAAUAUAUUAAGAGGUUAGCUUUUGAGCGUGUCACUUUAACCAGAAUUUUACCUGGAUUUUAACAAAUGUACAUCAAAGGAUACAGGAUGCAGUUGAAUGGAAAAUGUCUCAGUAUAUAGAAAGGAAAAAAUAGAAAUUUAAAGUAGAUACAAAAAAGUGCAAUGGUAAUAUUUAUUUCAUAUUGGACAGUAAAUCACACAAUUGCUUUUUGUGAUUGGAUUAAAUAAGGAGGCACUUACUUAUUACUAAACUUGUAAAAACAUUCCAUUUACCCAGUGGAGAUGGAAUGUAUACUAUUUUUCCUUAUAAUAUAGUAUACAUGAAUUUAUCUUCCAAAUAAUGUGUCAAACAUGCUUAUUUCUUACCCCAAACACACUUUUCACACUGUCCAUACUUUUGGACCCAGUUUAUGGAGUCUUCAGUGAAAUCCAUGGAAAGUACGACCACGAGUAAAUGUUGACACAUGCAUGCACUCGCACAUCCCCUCCCAGCUCUUCUAGGUGAGUUUGUGUUCAGUAGGUAACACAUGGAAUGCAGAGUAGAACACAUUUCAGGGGCAGCGUUCUUAAGAUUAUGUUUUCCUAAUAUUAGUGUUUAGCAGUGUAUUAUUUAAAAGGAUGCCAGAGAUAGCAUCUUUCUAUUGUUUAUUUUAAACAUUUUUUAUGAAAGGGGAUUUAAAAAGUAACCAUAAUCAUCUAAAUUACUUAUAAUUGCCCACUCUUAGUAAAAUUUAAUUUUGGGGAAAGCUAUUGAAUCUUCAACUUAGAAAGAUUUAAAAUCAAUAGGCAUUUAAUAAACUACCUUCUCUUUUUGGAUGCUGCAUUUCAUUAGAAAUACAAUUUUUCCAAAGUUUCUGACCAUGUACUCUCUUCUUUAAAUAAUUAAGUCUGAAAGCAAUGAAAACCUCAAAGGAAAAAUGUUUAUAUACAUCCACAUGUUUAUUUAAGAAGUAUAUAUGUUUCUCUUAAUACCUAAGACUUGUUUUAAAACAAAAAGCAGCAUUCACUCAAAUGGUAAACUUAUGGAAAAUUCUGACAUCUUAUGUCAGAAGUAUGUUAUGACCUUGCUUUUAAGUGGUACUGUUUCCCCUAGGGCAUUAGUUCUAAAAUUUUAGAGUGUGGAAUAAGUUCAUGUAAAAGCACAUUACAGGGCCAACCCUAGGUUUCCGUUGGGUCUUUGAACCACAUUUUAAGAAAACUUUGAGUUACUCUUUUAUUUUGUCCUGUAGUUAAAUAUUAGAAAGAGUAUUCAUGAUUAAACACUUUGAGAAGGGGUAGGCAGUGAGUUACUAUUUUAUCUACUAUUUUAAAUACAUUUUAAAUGAAUGACUUUUUCAAGUUGGGUAUCUUCUCAAAAAAAGUCCAUCAGUUUUCUAUCAAUAAUGUUGCAAAUGAUGAACAAUUUUCUGUGAUGAGGUUUUAACUAUUGUUCAGGGCGGUCUUUUGUUUUUAAAUCUUUUUUUAAAAAACUAGUAAGAUUUACUGUGUAUAUUUUAUACAGAAUUGCAUUACAAAUAUGUUUUUAAUUGUGUUCUGUUUAAGUGCCAUGACCAUUAUUUUUAUAUUAUAUAGAAGUUCACCGAAAAUACUCACCAGGGGAAAAAAGGCAGUUGAUAGAAUGGUUGGAAUUUUGGUGUUCUGAGAAAAAAUUUAUUUUGUAUAAGCAUGUGGUCGGAUCAUUUUAUGUGUAUGCAGCCUGAAUUGGCUGUCAGGUACUUUGCUUUAUACAUUCACUUUUUAAAUUUUGUUUUGACUUUUGUCAUGUAGAACACUGCCGUGGUCAUCAUAAUGUAGUCUUGUAUUUGUGUGCCUUUUUUUUUUACUUUAAAAUCUUUAAAUAAAAUGUUUAAUACCCAUCAA